AACUUCUAAUGCAAUCCUAUAUAAGCGAUCUUGAUUAAAAAAAUAUCAUUUUUUCUACAAUGGCUUUUCUGAAUAUACGAUUAUGUUUAUUCUGUUUUGUUUUUAUUAUAUUUUUGUGUUUCGAUAGCGGUUAUGCUAUGACGAGGCAGCAGCUGAAGAACUCAGGGAAAUUAAUGAAGAAGUCUUGCAUGCCAAAGAAUGAUGUGACUGAAGAGGAAAUAGGAGAGAUAGAACAAGGAAAGUUCAUAGAGGAUCGCCGAGUGAUGUGCUAUAUCGCAUGUGUCUACAGUAUGACACAAGUGAUAAAAAACAACAAGCUGAUCUACGAGGCGAUGUUGAAGCAGAUAGACAUGAUGUUUCCUCCAGAGCUGAAGGAGCCGGUUCGAGCUGCCGCCACGCACUGCAAGGACAUCUCUAAAAAGUAUAAAGACGUAUGUGAAGCAUCAUACUGGACGGCCAAGUGCAUGUACGAUUUUGAUUCAAAGUCAUUCGUGUUUCCAUAAAUAAUUAAAAAUUCCAGACUGUAUCACCGCUCGCUGAUCUGAUAGACUAAUGUAAAUUAUAGCGUAUAUGUAGCAUUAGAAAUUGCGUUUCAAAAGUCUCGGAUAUAGGGCUAACUGGCCAAUCACAACUCAAAUCAAAGGCAAGUUAUCUGGCAGUUAGUUUUAUGUGUCAGAUAACAAUACAAUAUUUUAUUAGAAAGUGGUGAAACAGGUAAUAAAUUAUGAAAAUUUUAAUUUGUGAAAAUUGGUUGUAAUAGAUUUUGUUUACGUCCAAA